AGGUCUGAAAGUGUUAUACAUAGCUUUCCCUUUUCAAUCAUAUUUCUAUCACUUUUUCUUCCUUAAACCCUUACAUUCUUAGUAGCAACUAUAAAGGGAAAGGCUAGGCAAAAAGGGUUAGGUGACUUGCCUAGGGCACACAGCUAAUGUGUUUCUGGCCACUUUUGAACCCAAGUUCUCCAGACUUCAUUCUAUCUAUUAUUAUUCUAGUACACCACCUAACCUGCUCCUUUUGUUUUGUUUUGUUUUUUUAACCCUCACUUUCUGUCUUAGAAUCACUACUGUGCAUGGGUUCUAAGGCAGAAGAGUGGUAAGAGCUAGGCAAUGAGGAUCUAGUGACUUGCCCAGGGUCACACAGCUGGGAAGUGCCUGAGGCUAGAUUUGAACCUAGGACCUCCCAUCUGUAGGCCAGCAGCCCUCUUAUCACUUUCUUAUACUUUUUUUUUCCAAAAUAAUAUUAGAAGUGAACAUUCCAGCCUUCUAUAUUUAAGUAUAUAAAGCACACUUUACUUUUAAGAAGAACCCGUUUUAUGGACAUCUACAUAAUUAUUCAGUUAAGUCCUCUGACAUAUUUAUAAAAUUAAAACAUACUUUUUUAAAGUGUUUUGUUUCAUUGGUGAGGAACAUAUUCAGUCCAUUUCUCUGUUGCAUAGCUAUUCAAUAUUUGCAAUUUGGAAAUUAAGUUUAGUACUUUUUUAAAGAGAUUUACAAAAGGGGGGAAGAGAGGUACAGCUAGGUGGCUCAGUGAAUUAAGAGCCAGGCCUAGAAAGGGAAGAGUGCUGGGUUCAAAUAUGACCUCAGACACUAACUAGCUGUGUGACCCUGGGCAAGUCACUUAAUCCCCACUCGCUAUCCCUUACCCCUUUUAUGCAUAUACAGUACAGAUAUACAAUACACAGUAUUGAUUCUAUGAUAUAAGUUAAGGGUUUUUUUUAAAUAUUUCUAUUUUCUUCCAUUUUAUCAAUAAAACCUAUAUCAAAUUCUUAAAUUAUUUAACUUAACAUUCUACCUGUUUUGACCUAAAGACACUUUCAUUUAAGAUGCACACUUAGAUCUUUAUUUUAUAAAUAAUGGUAAAGUGAGUUCUGACUAGCCCUUUUAAAAUUUUUUCUACCUUUUAACCUAAAUAUUAGAUCUAAAUUGUCAAAAAUAUUUCAUUAAAAUGUUCCAGAAUGAGUUUCUCUUCUAAAGUCAUGUAAAAAAAUAAUUGCCUCAGCAGUGUUUUAAACUUCUGAAUGAUAAUUUCUACAUGGGGCAAAUAAAGUUAGACAUCUUAAUUUCAUUCACUGAAUACUUUAAGAAAAACUCAAUAAUUAGAAUUUUCAUAUUUGUUUUAGAAAAUCAAUAGUUUAUUUGAAGUUUUAUACUUCUUUUCAAAAAGAAAACUAAAUUUUUAGCCAUCGCUACUAACUGGAUAAUCAGCUAACAAUGUAAUUCCUUUGUCCUAGUAUUCUCACAAUCAAUUUCAGUAUGUGAUUAUUGCUGGAGAGCCUUAUUUAUUUACAUCCUCAAAAGUUCUAAACAAUAUCGAACACAUAACAUGAUAAAACCUCACCGACUUAAGAUGACUAAAUAAAAAGUCAUUUUCAAAUGUGUUUAAAAUUAAACAUUAACACAACAAUCCUUUAAUGCAUAAAACAAGUUUUCAGCAAUACCUUUUUAAGCUGUCAUGAUGAUUCUUUGGUUUGUCCAAUCAUUUUUCAUUCACUUUCCACUCUCCUAGACUUUUUGUUUUUGUUUUCAUGAACCUAUUGAAAUUUCACCAUACCAAGGAGCUAUAAGCAAGAAAGUAUUACCAGUUUUAUUUGCUACUGAUUUGUCCGAGAUCCAGCAGUGUGACCUUAAAUUUAAGAAUAUACAUGGUAAUUUCAUCUACUGUCUAUUAAAAAAACUUGAAAAGCUGUAGCAACUAAAUACAUUGUAAAACAGUGAUUUCUAACCUCUAAACUAUCAGGAAUUAUUGGAAGAGUUGGGAAUCCAUAAAGAAGCAACCAUAUCUUUUGUAGACUAGUUAAAUUUCUAAUGCAUGUAUUAGACAUUAUAGGUAGAUACUGCUGUGAUUUAUAAAGUUCAUCUAAAUUUCAAUGCUUCUUCAUCAAUUAUCAGGUGUGGUUCCAAGGAAGUUUUAUAACUAAACAAGUGCUCAUACUCAGAAGAUCAAAAACCAGUAUUCUAAAUAAAAUGUAUUUCAAGUCUAAUUCUACAGAUAAACAAUUUGUGAUGUAUUAUGCACUAGUCCCCUUUCUAAAGGGAUGUUAUUAAAAAUGUAAGAUGGAUAAUUAAAGCUGCCAUUCUUUAACUGGAUUUAAAAAAAUAUCAUUACUAUGGGGAAAAACAGAAGAAUAUAUUAUAGACCAAAAUUACAGAUAUCAUUAAAAUAAGCAAAGGAAUAAAGAUGUUUAAUAUUUCAAAAUCUGCAAUAAGCUAGUGAGGUAGAGUAUAAAAAUAUGGCCGUGUAAAAAUGUAGAAAAUACACAGCAUAAGUCAACAUAAAAUAUUUUUCUGGUUAUUUGUUUGGGAGAGAGGUAAAAAAAAAAAUAGGGUACGAUCCAAUUCCCAGUUUAUGGAAAGGAAAUGUUUAUAGUUCCAGAGAAAAAGACCCACCCAUCCUACCAAUUUACUCUAAAAAGGCAUCUUGUAGACACAUAAAUUGUACCUUUACUCAAGGUUAGUGUUUAAAUACUUGAUGGGGAAAGAAGACUUAAGACAACUGAUUAAAGGCACAAUAAUUGGUCUCAUCCACUGAUUUCUCCACUACUACAAGGGCUUUUUCUAUACCCAAAGUAUUUACUGUCAUCUCUUAAUAAACUUGCUAUAAGUUCUGUACUUUGGAAGGAAAGUUCUUAAGUCAUCAAUGAAUACAUUGUAUAAGGGAUAGACAAGAGAGGAGCUACACAUGGAAAAAUUAGAAUGUGAUAAUUAUAAUAUUAGUACUUAACACACAUUAGAGUGGCCUUGAGAUAUUUAAGACAGGAAGGGCUACUCUACAGUUGUCAAACAUCUCAUAAUAAAGUUAUACCUAAACAGGACCUUGAAAAACAUCACUACUUAAGAUAAAGGCUUUGGGGGUGCAGAAUAAAGCCUCCACCUAGGCAGCUCUCACCUAAAAGUUAAAACACCUACUUCAGGGUAUUGGGAGAGCCAUUAUAAGUUUUCUGUCUAGAGGGAAAACAUGGUUAGACUUCAACUUUGAGCAGUCAGUAUUACAAAAGAAGUUGCUCUAAACAAAAAUAACCAUUAAAUGAUUUGGUAAAUUUUUUUUGGUUUGGAUUUUUUGUCAUUGUUAAUCAGUGAAGAUUAGGCAUCAAGAUAAAGAAAUAGUUUUUGAAGAACCCAAUGGCCCAAGUUAAUAGAGCAAAGACUCAUUAUUUAACAACAACAACAAAAAACCUGUUGGGGAAAAAUAAAGAUAGUAGUCUGGUAGAAAAUAGGUCUAGACCCAUAAUAGCAAGCUAUGGCACAUGCAUGCCAAAGAUGACAUGCACAGUGCUCUGUGGGUACAUGGCCACCCCAUGUGUCCCUCCCAGUUUAUUACUAGAAAGACAGAGGGGCUCUAGUGGAUAAGGUUCCCCUACCCCCCCCACCUACAUUUUUUCACAUCCCAGUCUCUACCCAUCAGCUCAAUGGGUGAGCUUUCUCCAUCCCCCAAGGGGGGUAGGGGGGUAGGGAAUGGCACAAGUUCUCUGGGCCUGGGGGUGGUCUCUAAAAGGUUCACCAUCACUGGUCUAAACCCACAUAUCAUACUAUAUAUCAAAAUGAGCUCCAAAUGAAUACAUGACACAUAAAGUGACAUCAUAAAUAAGAGGAACAAAGAAAAUUAAUUUUGAGAUUUAUAGAAGAUAAACUUAAGCAAGAACUUUAACAUAGAGGGAAUGAACUGAGCACAGACCUAGAGAUGGAUAGAAGAUUAGUGGGAGAAAUACACUUUGGCAAGAAGGCUGGUCAUGUUACCUUCUAAAACUAAAGAAAUGGCAAGAAAGAUGAGUAUAGACUGAAAAAAUUGAUCUUGAAUUAUAAAGCUUCUAAACCUAAAUUUAAGUCAGACUAGGCCCAAGUAUUUCCAGUAGUCACUUAAUUUCUCAACCUUAGUUUCCCUAUUGGUAAAGAUGGGAUAUUAGUACUUAACUCAGGUCUGCUGUGAAAAUCAAAUGAGGUACAUAGAUAUACACACAUAUAGAGAGCAUUUUUUAUAAAUUCUAAAGAACUUUGUUAUUCAUCCUUUAAAUUCUCAGAAAAGUGAGCUUAUCUGGAAGACACCAAGAAGUUUGAACAGCAACUGAGGUUAAGCGUGCUAUAAAUUCAGCUGGACAUGAGUAAAAGAAGUAUGUGUCAGCAACGUGUGCCCAGUUAAGGUCAGCUAGCCUUAAUCUAUAAUGGACCCAGAAAAGAAACAAAUGAUACAAAGUUACCCAGUGUUCAAAGGCAAUACUUACUAAAUACUCACUAUGUGCAAAAUAAUAUGCAUUUCCUCUAAUACCCUCUCCUCCUUAAAAAAAAAAAACAACCAUUCUCAGUCCUCAAGAAGGUUAUUUCUACUAUGGAAAGAAUUCUUUACCUGGUGUUUGAGUUCAAAUGUGACCCCAGACACUUAAUAGCUGUGGGACUCUGAGCAAAUCAUUACCUGUCUAGGUUCUUUUUCUUAUCUAUAAUGUGGGAAUAAUAGCAACUACCUCCCAGGUUAUGAGGAUAACAUGAAAUAUUUAUAAAGUGCUUUGCAAACCUUAAAUCAAUAUAAAUGCUAGUCUUAUUACAGAAAUAAGUAAACACAAAGAAAUUUCAGAAAGAACAUUAAUUGGGAAAGUUAGAAAAGGAUUUUUGGAAAAACAUAUUUUUGUUCGAGAAAAGAUCUUCAAGGAAAGAAGCUUGCUAACUCCUAAAUCCAGAGAAUGAACUGUUGCAGAAAGAUCCCAGAAAACCUACACUACAUCAAGAUCCAGAACGAACUUUGAGUGUGGUUGAUUGAAUUGAAGUUUGAUUGAACAUUUACUUGUACUCUUAUGCCAAAAGGGGACUGCCCCCAAUUGGUUUUUGUCAAUGUGUCCAGCAAACAUUGGUUUUGCUGUCUGUCUUUCUUCUAUUUCCCUCUUCUAAUGUAGUUUCCUCUUAGAAGGUGAAAUUUUAUAUGUAUCUGCAGUUAGAAAAUUUGGAAGUGUAGGAUGAUUAUGUUUAGUGAUCAAUUGGGGAGACUAGUCUCCCAAUCAUCAUCAGAGGGGAUUGUGAAUUUUAGAUUUACUCCACCCUGCUCAGUCUAACAAAACAGGAAUGUCUACACCCCUACUUAAGGAUUGAGAAGGAUGGCCUAGCAAAUGACAAAUCAGAAACUGACAGACCCCCGAGCUGUCCUAAGUCAAGCUUAAGCUACCAUUGGUACAUGUGAGACGCAGGAAAAUGAUGUAAAAACAGUCUAUAUAUUUGGUGUCACUUCCUCUCUCUAGCCUCUGUGCGGAGAGGUGGCUGGCAGCAGUGUGCUGAGCAUCUUGGCAUCGUGGCGUGGCAGCAGCUAUUGUCCAGGUUAGGCGGGGAAGUCCUAUCUGGGGGAGAGACUUCCGAUCGCUUCAACAUCUCCAAUGGCGUGAAACAAGGCUGUGUCCUCGCUCCGGUACUAUUCAACCUAUUUUUCACCCAAGUAUUACGACAUGCUGUGAUGGAUCUAGACCUGGGCAUCUACAUCAAAUACCAACUGGAUGGCUCACUAUUUGACCUUUGCUGCCUGACUGCAAAAUCAAAGACAACAGAGAGACUCAUCCUGGAAGCUCUCUUUGCAGAUGACUGUGCUCUCAUGGCCCACCAAGAAAAUCAUCUCCAAACCAUUGUGGACAGGUUCUCCACCGCAACAAAACUGUUUGGCCUGACUAUCAACCUCAGCAAAACAGAGGUGCUAUACCAACCUGCACCAGGGAGGCCAACGAACCAGCCAUGCAUUACAAUCAACAGCACACAGCUUUCUAACGUCAACACUUUCAAGUACCUGGGCAGCACCAUCGCCAACGAUGGGUCCCUAGACCACGAGAUCAAUGCCAGGAUCCAAAAGGCCAGCCAGGCACUCAGGCGGCUGCUCUCCAAAGUCCUCCAACACAGAGAUGUAAGCACUGCGACGAAGCUCAAAGUGUAUAACGCAGUGGUCCUCAGCUCGCUCCUGUACGAUUGUGAGACACGGACACUGUACCGGAAGCACAUGAAACAGCUGGAGCAAUUCCACCAACGCUCUCUCCAGUCAAUCAUAAGGAUCCGAUGGCAGGACCGAAUCACCAACCAGGAAGUCCUCGACAGAGCCAACUCCACCAGCAUCGAAGUCACCCAGCUACAAUGGUCUGGACACGUCAUCUGCAUGGACCCACAGCGAAUACCAAGACAGGUAUUCUAUGGUGAUCUGUCAGCUGGACUCAGGAAACAAGGCCGACCAAUGAAAAGAUUCAAGGAUCAGCUAAAGUCCAACUUGAAGUGGGCUGGCAUUACACCAAAGCAACUAGAACUUGCUGCCUCUGACAGAAGCAGCUGGCGAACCCACAUUCACCAUGCCACCACCACCUUUGAAGAUGAGCGACGUCGAUGUCUUGCCGCUGCACACGAACACCGACACCACGCCACACCCGCACCUCCCGUAACAACUGGAGUCCCAUGCCCCAUGUGCCACAGACUCUGCGCCUCAGCCUUUGGACUGCAAAGCCACAUGAGGGUACACCGUAGAUGAAACUGCACAAAGACAAUAGUCAUUCUCGAUCACCGAGAGACUACUACUAACUAAUAUAUGUAUAAUUUUUGCAAAGUCUCCCCUAUUAUAAUGUGGGCUCCUUGAAAGCAGGGACUAUUUUUGCUUUUGUACCCUUAGGGCUUUGUACAGUGCCUGGCAUAUUAAAUAGUUAAUAACAUGUUAACUGGCAGAAUAGGCUCAACAGAUAAAAAAGGAUGCAUUUAAGAAAAAGUAUAUUUGAAUAUUUAGAUUUAAGUCCUUUCUUUGUUUAAAACCCUUACCUUCUAUUUUAGAAUUGAUAUAGAUUCUAAGACAGAAGAGUGGUUAAGGGCUAGUCAAUUGCAGUUAAGUGACUUGCCCAGGAUCUCAUAGGAAGUAUGAGAUCACAUGUGAACCCAGGUCUUCUGGACUAUAGGGCUGGUUAAGACACCUAGCUUCCCCUAGAUUUGAGUCCUUUGUAUAAAGAUAACAGAAUCCUGGAUUUGAUAAUAUCACUUAGAGAAGACUCAGAACAAAGACUUGGGAGCUAACCCAUUUAUAACGAGAAGGAAAGGUCAAACACAGGAAGAAAAUCUAGAACAGAGACAAUAUACAGAAAGACAGCCUAGUCAGCACUAUCAAAAAGUUGUGUGAGGUCAGGAAGAAUGAAGUUUCAGAAAAGUCCAUGAGAUAAGCAGUUUUAUUUGAUGGGACCUUUAAAAAGCAGUUUUCAGUGAUGGUAUAAGGAAGCCAUCAUAUUCCAAGGGGUUUAGAAAUCAAUGGUCAAGAAAAGGAGACAUUUAAGUGAUUCAGAAAUAGUAUAGCUCAUAAAGGGAAAUGGCAUGGGUAUUUUAUUUUAUUUUUUUAAAAGAUGGAAGAUACCUCGGCAUGUUUUUUUUUUUUAAACCCUUACCUUCCGUCUUGGAGUCAAUACUGUGUAUUGGCUCCAAGGCAGAAGAGUGGUAAGGGCUAGGCAAUGGGGGUAAAGUGACUUGCCCAGGGUCACACAGCUGGGAAGUGUCUGAGGUCAAAUUUGAACCUAGGACUUCCCGUCUCUAGGGCUGGUUCUCAAUCCACUGAGCUACCCAGCUGCCCCCUGGCAUGUUUUUAAGGAACAGAAAUGGAACCAAAGAUAAGAGAUGAGAUGGAAAAAAAAGAUCAAAGGCAUAAAAAGAGUAACCUUGUAAAGAAGGGCCACACUACUUCAGAAACUUGGAAAAAAGAAAAAAAUGAGGAAAGGAAGUGUUCAGGUAGAGUGGAAGAAGAAAGCUUUAAAAGAGGGGGCCAUGAUUUUCUCUAUUAAGUAAGAGGCAGUGGUAUAAGGAGUUUUGAGGCAGGAAAAAUAUUGCAAUCACCUUUUCAGGAAGCAUAAUAGAAAAUAAAAGAACUGCUGUUCAGUUAAAGGCCCUCCUAAAAACUGGUAACAAAUCUAUAUAUCCAAGAUGGAAGAGAUCACUUUCUUCAUCAGCAAGAACCAAAAGUAGGACUAACCCCAGGCUUGUUGUUUGACAAAGUGAAUAGCAAUAAGGCAAAAGAACACAACAACAGAGAGUAAGAUAUGGCUGAAUAGGCAAGUUAUAGUAUAAAGGCUGGUGAAUAAAGGUUAGGCUAUUAGAGAGGGGAUUUAGAAAAGAGAAAAAUGCAUGCAUUUAUCUUGUUUAAAAUACCAUUUUACAAAGGGCUCUUACAAGGGGGAAGAUUUGGGGAGAACUGCUAGUGAUAUUAAAAAAAAGCAUCACUGAAUUAUUUGUAAAAUACACAGCAGAGAGCUGAAAUCAGUUCAGAAGGGAAUAUUUAGGCAAGAACAGAAGUAUUGGUAUUAGCAUGUUAAACGUUUAAAAUCUAGAUGAUAUAUCAACAAAGUUUCAUAUAUAAUCUUUUGUUCUUUGUAUAUUUAUAUGUUCACAUUUUCUAAUGUUUAAGAAAAUGUUUAAAAAAUAAAAACUGGACCAAAAUACAUAAAAAGGAAAGAAGCCAAAACAUCCCAUUGCUAAAACGUGAUCUGGAAAAGUGACCAUAUUGCCUGCUAGCCAAAAAGGAUAUGAAGCCAACCUUCUAAAGGCAACCAUGCUGCUAUGAGAGGGUGGGGAUUCAAGCAGGAAACUAGAGAACUACAGAUAGUCAAAGUGUCCAGUAUAAACAGUAAGGCAAGUGCAGCAGGUGAAGUACAUUGUUCUUUCACCAAGAUCCUCGACUAGAACUUGUGAGAUGAUGCUGAACCUUGACAGCAGGACAACUCACCAAAAAGGGGAUCUUUCUAUUGCCUUCAGUGCUUUUUCCUUCUUUAAUGUUAGCAGGGAAGGUGAGGGUGAAGGGGAAGAACAGAAAUAGAAAGAGAGAUUAUAAUUAGUAGAAUUUGAGAGUUUCAAUCAAAAAAGGCGAAUAGUUAUAAGAUAUAAGAUCUGGAGAUAGUGUCAGGAACUUCAAACAAAGGCAGUCAACAGUAUUUUUAUGCCAGUAUUCAAGUCAAUAAGUAUUUCAUGUUCUGAUCUCCCAGAAAAGGCUGAACUCACACUUGGUACAAGUCUGAUUGCUUUACCCAUGGAAAUGAAGCACAUCUAUGAAAUAAUCCACUAUUCAAACUCUAAAUAUCCAGAAACAAAGGCUUUCAAGUGUCUUUUACAGAAUGAGGCUCUGGAUCUCCAAAAAUGAAUCACCUUCCAAAAAAUCCCUCUACAGUGUCACUUUCCUCAAAACAUGAAGACUAAAACCCCAGCAGCAUGAUUAUUGUGACUAGGGCUAGACUGAAUUCAUAUUCAACAUCAACCUUGAAACCUCAUCUUAGGAUGGCAAGGAAAUGAAGUAUACACAAAAGUAUUAUGAUUAAAAAUAUGGGAGACUGACCAUAGAUUUUAAUAUUAUUAAUCAGAAAGGAGAGGAUGAGAGAAGUGCGAGGACAUAGAUCAUUACUAAAGAAAGGGUUAAUGUAUUAGCCCCCAUUUUUGCUAAGGCCUAAACCUUUUUACCAAAGCAAACUAGCACAUCUCAUCUAUCUCUGUCCCAGAAGCCAAGAGCCCAAAUCCAGUCGAGCCUCAGUUUAUCUGAUUUUCUCUCUACCCACUGACUCUCACAUCUCACCCUUGUGAGCCAACUGUCGCUCUUUCUCCUUUGCCUGAAUCACCCUCAUGUCAUCCACCUAGGAAAUAACCAGCCAGUCUUCUUGUCCCCUACCUCAAUUGUGGGCUUUUCCUGCAACUACAGGAGGCAUCAGUUUCCAUUCUAUCCUCAUGAUCAAAGUCCCCAUAAUAAUUUCCUUCACACAAAAGGGUUACAAAUAUUAUAGCUCUCAGAUCUCAAUCUGUCAUCAUCUGAAUCUCAAGGCUCUUCUAUUACUCUUGGCAUCCUGUGACUAAUAAUUUCUUAUAUAUUUAAAUCCCUUCAGAACAAGAUUAUGGAUUAUAUGCAAGUGAGGUAGAGGGAUAGGGAUUUUAAAAAGAACGGCUGGACUAUGUUAAUUACCACCUGUGUAUUACCCAUCAUUUUGCUUUCCUCUUUUAGUCCAGCCCUUUCUUCUUUUACUAUUCCCUUCUAAACCAGUGUUUUACUUUUUAAUCAUUCCAUCUUUUCAGACUAUGUUGAAAUGGUCAAGAUCUUUGUAUUCUACUUUGUUUUAGAUAUGCACCGAUUCCCUAUAAUGUAACCUAAAUUGUUAAAAUGUUUGAAAAAGACAUUAUAUUUGACAUGGUAUGUGAUGAAUUACAGUAAAAUGGAAAGAACGAACGAUGUAGUUAGGUGAUCUGAUUCUUGGAUCACUACUCUUACUUACCUCUAUGAUCUUGGAAAAAAAGUUACUUCUAUCUAGACUUCAAUUAUUUACUUUAUCUGUAAAAUAAAAGGAUCAGACUAAAUGACCUCUAAA